ACCCAGCCAGCCAGCCAGCAAGCCCUCCUGGCAGCUCCAGUCAUCUGUCUCUUCCACCCCUCCAUUUCCUCCCUUACUUUUAAUGGAGCCAUAUUUUCUCGAGUCAGGCUGUGGCUGCUGAUCUGUGCUUGUCAAUACGUUUCCUCUUGUUAAUUUUCUGCUUGGAUGUACGUCCUUGUUGCUCUAAUAGUCUGACUGUAUCUCACUGUUGUUCUCGUUGUACUGGCAUGCGUGUUUUCCCUCUCUCGCUCCUUUGCUCUCCCUCCCCAUAUUGAUGUGUUUGUGCUAAAACUGGAAUGUACCAAAACCACACUAAAGACACCAACAACAACUGCCAAAAAAGCCUUCUCUGUGGUCAAAAGGAAAAGCUCAUCCAGGCUAUUAAAAGAAUCAAGCAUGAGGUAGAUGAGUGCAGAGAAGCAGAAAGAGAGACAUACAUAGAAUCAGUGGAAGUAGAGAACAGGUUUGAUGACCUAGAAAGGGAAAUCAGAGCAGAGUUUCAGAACCUCCACCGCUUCCUGGAUGAGGAGGAGUGGAGGGACCUGGAGCGACUGAGGAGGGAGAGACAGAAGCAACUGAAACAGCUGAAGGAGAGAGAGAAGAAGAUAGCGGGGCAAGGGCGAGACCUGGAAAAAGCCAUCGCAGUGCUCAACAACAAGCUGACUGAGGAGGACAGUCCUAAGCUGAUCAAAGAAAUUCAAGAUCUCAUUAAAAGAUCUCAGGUCAGCUUUGUUCUCCCAGCGGAGGUGGACACAGAGGUUCGCUCUGGCCAGUUUGUCGGUCCCAUCCAGUACAGAAUAUGGAAACACAUGAAGAGCUGCCUCUACCCAAAUAUUACAUCAGUGACCUUUGACCCUGAAACAGCACACCCGAAUCUGACUCUCUCCCAGUCCUGCACUUCAGUUUGGUUCGAUGAGGAUAAAGACACAAAAGACUUCCAGGCCAACCCGCGGCAGUUUCACUAUUACUACUGCUUGCUGGGCCGUGAGGGCUUCACCACGGGGCGACACUACUGGGAGGUCGAGGUUGGGGGCAAGACGGCGUGGAGAUUGGGUGUGGCAAGAGAAGACGUCCCAAGAGGGGAGAUGUCUGCCACAGGCACCUCCAACGGCCUGUGGACCUUGGCACUGAAGAGCGGCUCUAUCCUAGCCUGCACUGACCCAGACCCGAUAAAGAUCAAGGUGUCGCUCUGCCUCGUCCGCAUUGGCGUGUUCUUGGACUGUGAAAAGGAGGAGGUGACUUUUUAUAAUGCCCUUACCAUGGCACCAAUCUACACCUUCUCCAUGGGCACUGUGGAGGUACCUCUGUUUCCCUUCUACAACCCAUGUGACACAGAUUAUGGAAAGAAUACAGCACCACUGAACAUCUUUAUCCCUUCCCUAUAAGAAGCUGUUCAGCUGGAACCGAACAUUAAGACAUUUGCAGAAUUAAUUGACAAUGAUUUCAUCACGAUUUUUCAUUUUUAAAGCACCUCUCCAACUGGAUUACUUAACAUCUUACUCAAAAGUAUAAUAGCUAGUCAAAAAUAAAAUUAAUAGUUGCUACAGUGAUUCUAUUAUGUCUCCCGUUAUAAGAUGAAGAAAGUCCCUCUCAUUGAUUAUGCACUUAUUUCCUGGUAAAAGAGGGUUUAAAUGGAAAAACUCAGUUUAUGAAAUAAACACAGGUCACUGCUUCUGUAACUUUCCUUCACUCUUGUAGGUAGUCAUUUGCAGCCAUCCUGGACCUCACUAUCCACAGCAGGUGUAAACAGAGCUGUGAUGUUCUUACCUUUGGCCUACAUAUAAAUAGCUCUGUGUCCUGUGUCCUGGGGCAGCUAUGGAAGCUCAAAAUGCACCAGAGGGGAUUAAUGUGGUCAGAAAGUGACACGUGUUCCCCACAACAAAUUACGGCUGACAUUGUGUGAGAUAGCUCUCCGCUUGGUGGGAUAGCCCUGAGACGGCACUGUCCUUCUGAAAGGUUGUUAAUCGCAGAGAAAGAAAAACUACGACAGCAAGACAGCAGAUGUCAUAAUCUUUUGUUUAUUCUUAGUAUUCCUUUAGACAUGAAAUAAAGAUAUUGUCUUUACAAAACAUCUGUGUGAAGUGUUGUGCAAAAAGGGAGUACAGAGAGAGAGAGAGAGAGAGAGAGAGACCAUGUGGGACAUCACACCACAACCAGGCCAGGAGCAGGAAUUAGAGAGGAUCAGAGCAGAGACAACUCACAUAGUGCAAGGAGUACCAGUGGUCUUAAAAGUGGUGGUGGGGUUUUCUAAUCAGAGGUGGGUAUGAAACCACAAUCCCUCUGGCACCAAUUAGCUGUAAUAACUCUUCCUUCCACUCACCGUCUGCCUCUCUCACACUCAUACUCACUCUAAGUGGCUUUCUAUUGCAAUCACUGACAGCACACAGUGGUGGCGUUGUGUGAAAAAUGCAGUUUUAGCCACCUCUCAUUAACCACUCACAACAACAUAACCCAAACCCACACAAAGCUUUGUCAUUCAUCUGCUGCUAUCAUGAACUCACUCACCAUCUCCAAACUAACCCAUAGACACUGUUAAUGGAAACACGCUUUGCUUGUAUGCUGCCUACAAUUAAAUCAGACUCUUUUCAUCUCUUUUAGAGCCCAACCAACAAAAGAGUUUAAAGACCGGAAGUAAUACUUGGUGUGUGUAUAUAUAUAUAUAUAUAUACUUGGUAUAUAUAUAUAUAUAUAUAUAUAUAUAUAUUUUUUAUUUUUUUUUUUGUCUAGAGUCAGAUCAGCUUUUUUAGCGUUCCAAACAUUGAUCCUUGAAUCUGCUAUUUACCAGAAGGCUACCAGAUGCUGACAACUGUGGUUGCAAAAAGGCAUAAGGUCCUAUAGAAGUCUAUAGUAAAACAGCUUUCUGGGUUGACCUCUGUAAACACUUCCCUGCUGAUUUUAUGACUCAGUCACAGAUUUUGAGUAAUACUGAAGAAAAAUCUUUCUGGUGAUAUAUCGGUCAGGCUCUAAUCACUUUGAUCACACACAUUUCUUUCACAUUAACACAUCUUAGGUUAGCCGGCAAUUUUUGCUUUGUUCAUUCAGGUGUGCAAACUGCAUAUUCUGUAUCAGUGAACAUCCUCCUCACUAAAAUGGUGCCAUUAGGAUGUGGCUAACGACAGAGCACAGGCCAACUAUCCAAUAUACAUUUUAGGCACUAAAACAAAGACAAAGAGUCACUUGAAUAUCUCAGAGUUACAAUACGUUUUUACAAUAUUCUUGUGGCUUCCAUCACAUUCACACUCAUGAUUUAAACACUGCACUUUUUGUUUUUUUCUCUUCACACUGCAAGACGACUGAAGCAGGCACAUGGAUACUUUGCUCACAACAAAUGGAGAAGCACACAUAAGAGUUUCCUUUCUGUACAAACUCCCUGUGCAUAGAUUCAGCACACGUUCGCUCAUAAAUCACACGCGCACUUAUAGAUACGUGCAUCAUAGGCAUACGGACUUUAAAACACACACAACGAUGGCGACAUUAAAAACACCACUCCUGUAUUCGCGCACACUGACACAACGUCUGGACGAUAGAAGCGGAACAUGUCGUGGGCAUGCUGCAGUCAAUGCUGUAAAUGACACUGGUUAAACAUUAUUAAUAUGUAAAUAGUGUGAGAGAUACGGUGUGCUGACAGCAGCGGAUAAUAACUGGUCUAAAAUGGGCUAAUACAGUCUCGAUGGGAAUUUACAAUAUUUGGAAGUUGAUUUAGUUCAAUACAUUAGUGAAUAUUAGUAUAUAUAGUAUGUUUGUGUAUAUUUAUAUAUUUAUAUAUAUAUAUUUAUAUAUUAGAUUUAAGUUUGUAGAGAAAUUUAAAUGAUUUUCUUUUUUUAAUAUUAAGUAUGACACAUUAAAAACAUUCAGCCUCAUGGUGGGGAGGGGUUACACUUGCAUACACAUGCAGUAUUUACAAGGCUGGAGUCCAUGUUUGCGUUUUACAUGUGUGUCUGUAUUUGUGUGUAUCUAUAUGAAGAGCUUUGUUAGUACUGCCAAAUAGCGUUGUGGUUCCCACACAGAUCCAGGCUGGAGAGCAGGCGUAUACGUCUUUGUACACAUGUUACAUUAAAAGACCUUUGUCCAUGUGUAAUACAUCUGACUUAUUGAUGCUGUUAACCCAUCUAAUGCUGAGGCACCUUAAGUUUAUUUUUGUAUUUUUGUAUUUUGUAUUUUUUUUAAUUUUAGUUUAUUUAUUCUGUUGCUCUUGGUAUCAAAUCUGACAUCUAAAUCUAGCUCAUUUUAUGGCUUUUUCAGAUGCUGACAAAACACCUCAUAUUCAUUUACUCAUAAGAAAACUCUUUUAGUAAGGAAAGCUAUAAAGAAAGGCCAGCUGACUGUAUACGGAUCUACUUUUAGUUUCCCUACAUUCCUCUGACCAUUUGAUCCAACAUGCUUUUUUGAUGGUUUCAGUACAUCAAACAUUGACAGUCACUGGUUUGCCACCGGUCAGUUAAAACAUGAAGUAGAGACGUGCACAUUAAAACGAAUCUGCACACCUCCUCUUUACCAUAAGUACCAAAAGAGUUUCAGCUGAAAUUGCAUUGAGUGGACAUCCUGAAUACCAGGUCAGCUCUACACAGACAGUGUCAUGGAUUCGGUGAAGGCUUCAUACUGCUGGCUUUUGAAGCCAGUGAGGCAUAAAUAUUUUGUUUCUGCCAAGUUUUACAGCAUUUAUGUAAGCGAGCAAAAAUGAAAGCAAGCAAAUGAAAGCAGAAUGAGGGAGAAGAAGAAAGGGGCGUGAGGAUAAAGAAAGGAAGGAGAAGUGAAAGACCUCCACUGAGGCUAAAAUCCCCUCUACAUAAUGCAUGAUUAUCUCCGAAUUAGUCUCGCAGUUUUUAUUUGUGACGAUAUGGGGUGAAAUACAAAAAAUGCUGAGGAAUUUUUUUUUCAAAAGUCCCUGGAUCCAGAUUUGGAUGACAUUCAAUAACUGAUCACUUCUAAGACGGACCAAGCCCAGCUCUUCUAAAAUUGUCACAUGAAUCCACUAAUAGCUUUUGUAAAUUAAUCAAUCAACCAAAUCAGUCAUAUAGCCUCCUUGGUGGUCGUAGUAACAAAAAAAGAAGAGUGAACAAGGGCAAAGGAAAAAAGAAGGUGGUGAUAACAGCAGAGGAAAGAAUGAAGGAAAAAAGAGCAUAAGAAUCAUGUUCUAACUAUGUGAACUUACCACUUUGAUUUUAUAUUUCAUACUGCAGGCACGGGGUGGUCCCUUUAAGCUGCUGGAAGUUUUAGCUGUUGUGAGUUUCCCAUUAAACUGUAAGAGUGCUGGGAUUUUUAUGGAGCUACGGGGAAAUCCAGAUCAAAGACAAUAAAGUGGAUGAUCCGGACUUGAGGGAUCAGCCCGCAAAACACAAUUUAAUCGUCUGAAAUUUCCACUGGGAUGUGUGAAUCUCAAUCUCAAAGACUAGAAAUAAUGUGGUUAGUAUUUUUAGUAUAAGUAUGCGUGCGUGUAUGGUUAAUGCGAUAAUGCACUGUGGAUGUUUCUAGAGGACUGGCUCAAGUGAAUGAAAUCCAAAAUUGAGCUAUGUAUAAAACUUCACCAGCAGUGUGAUCUGAUGGGGUUUUUAGUUCAUUUUGAUGAUAUCGGUGCCAUCACAUAUUUUAAGAGGCUUAAGAUGACACCAGCUGAAAGAUUUUAUCUGCUUCAUCCAUGUGCUGUUAGAGGAACAAGCGUCAAAAUGAGAAAUGAUGGUUAGUUAGGGUCAAAUAAGCUGUUGUAGUGAGCUGUUUCAAUGAAAUGUCGUAAACCUUUUAGGAUACUUUAGAAAAAGACCUCAUGUGGAGUAAACAUUUUAGUUGUAAACUCUGCAAAGGGUUGAACUUGCAGUUUGGCAGUUUAACUUUAAAAAUGAACAGAAAAACAAGGCUGCGAGGCGUGUACAACUAAAA